AUAAGGCGUCCCUCUGAAGCGUGUGAAGGAAAGUGGAGUGACCGGAGUUUUAAUAAGAUCACAACAUUCAAAAGGACGUUAAUGUAACCUUAUAUUUUCUUUUAGAUUUUACAUCGACAUAAGCCGUCCCUCUGAAGUUUGUGAAGUGAAGCGGAUUAGCCUGAGUUUUACAGAGAUCACAAUACUCAAAAGGACGUUAAUGUAAAAUUAUGUUCUUUUAGAUUUUACAUCGACAUAAGGCGUGCUUUUGAAGCUUGUGAAGAAAAGUGGAGUGACCGAAGUUUUAUAAGGAUCACAGCACUCAAAAGGACGUUAAUAUAUUCCAUCGACAUAAUGCGUCACUCUGAAGCGUGUGAAGGAAAGUGGAGUGAUCGGACUUUUACUAAGAUCACAGCACUUAAAAGGACGUUAAUAUAUUUCAUCGACUAAAGGCGUCCCUCUGAAGUUUGUGAAGUGAAGCGGAUUAGCCUGAGUUUUACAGAGAUCACAACACUCAAAAGGACGUUAAUGUAACCUUAUUUUCUAUUAGAUAUUACAUCGACAUAAGGCGUGAUUUUGAAGCGUGUGAAGGAAAUUGGAGUGACCGGAGUUUUUCUAAGAUCACAACACUCAAAAGGACGUUAAUGUAAGCUUAUUUUCUAUUAGAUAUUACAUCCACAUAAGACGUCCCUCUGAAGCGUGUGAAGRAARGUGGAGUGACCGAAGUUUUAUAAGGAUCACAACACUCAAAUGGAAGUUAAUGUCAGCUUAUUUUCUAUUAGAUUUUACAUCGACAUAAGGCGUCCCUCUGAAGCGUGUGAAGGAAAGUGGUGUGUCCGGAGUUUUACAGAGAUCACAACACUCAAAAGGACGUUAAUAUAUUACAUCGACAUAAGACGUCCCUCUGAAGCGUGUGAAGGAAAGUGGAGUGUGCGGAGUUUUCCUAUACUCCCAAGCUAGAAGGGAGCCUGGGGAGAGUGGAUGACAGAGACGAACGCCUGACGGGAUUCUAAUAAUAGGGAUGAUACUCGUGACUUAGGUCUCAUAUGACCCUCAUACCGGCGAGGAAAACAUGGCUUUUGCUAGCGUUUUUCUUUAUUUCUACGGAACUGUACUCUUCAGUCUUUUCCUUGGCUCGUCAGCGUUUGAAUGCGCCAAGAAAGGAGUCGUAAAUAGCCCUCAAAAACUUCAAGUUCAUAUCAUUGCCCACACACAUGACGAUGUGGGAUGGUUGAAGACAGUUGAUCAGUACUACUAUGGUGCGAAUAAUUCUAUCCAACAUGCUGGGGUACAGUAUAUCCUAGACUCUGUUAUCCCAGCACUAGAUGCCGACCCGAAUAGAAGGUUCGUCUACGUAGAGAUAGCAUUUUUUAAACGUUGGUGGGAUCAGCAAGAUGCGGCCAUGAAAGAGAAAGUCAAGAAGUUGGUAUUGCACAAACGACUUGAGUUCAUUAACGGAGGAUGGUGUAUGAACGACGAAGCAUCCACUCAUUAUAAUGCUAUAAUUGAUCAAAUGACUCUGGGAUUAAAGUUUAUUAAGGAUACUUUUGGGGACGACGCGAGACCGAGGAUUGCUUGGCAUAUUGAUCCAUUUGGUCACUCCAAUGAACAAGCAUCGCUCUUCUCUCAGAUGUCGUUUGAUGGAUUUUUCUUCGGACGCAUAGAUUUCACUGAUAAAGACUUGAGACUGAAACAACAGAGGAUGGAGAUGGUCUGGCGUGGGAGUAAGACCGGAAAUCUCGGCAAAAACUCCGAUAUAUUUACGGGUGUUUUAUACAACUUGUACAUGCCUCCAUCCGGGUUUUGUUUUGAUCAGUUCUGUGCAGACCAGCCAAUCAUGGAUGAUCCAACUUUAGAAGACAUGAACGUGAAAGAGAGGACAGAAGCAUUUGUCCAAACUGUCUGUGAUCAAGCCAAACACUACAAGACCAACAACAUCAUGCUUACAAUGGGUUCAGAUUUCAUGUACGAGAAUGCAAAUUUAUGGUUCAAAAAUCUUGACAAGUUGAUGAAAUAUGUCAAUCAGGACAGUAGAGUAAAUGUAUUUUACUCAACGCCAACAACCUACUUGGAAGCUUUACACAACAGUAACCAAACAUGGGGCCUAAAGACAGAUGAUUUCCUUCCUUAUGCCGACUGCCCCCACUGUUAUUGGACAGGGUACUUCACCAGCAGGCCAGCACUCAAGAGAUAUGUCCGAUACAAUAAUAACUUACUCCAGGCUUGCAAACAACUUGAAGUGUUCAAUGGAGAGGCACAGUCAGGAAAACCCUCAUCUGAUCUUCUUCGUCGAGCGAUGGGUGUGGCCCAACAUCAUGAUGCAGUCAGCGGCACUUCCAAGCAACAUGUUGCUGAUGACUAUGCUAAAAGACUUGCUAUUGGAGCUGCAGAUUGUCAGUCACUGAUGAGCAACGUUCUUGGUAAAUACGCAGUGAAAAGUAAAGGCGCCAAACCACCCGUCUUYACCUCGUGCGAUCUUUUGAACGUCAGCUACUGUCCACUGACAGAAACAAGUAAAAACUUUGUAGUUACUGCUUAUAAUCCCCUGGGUCGAACUAUUUCCUCUUAUCUGCGCAUUCCAAUGGCUUCCGGUUCUAUUGCGGUGUAUGGUCCACAAGGACAGCCCGUGAAAAGUCAAGUUUUACCCAUCUCAGAUGAGACCAAAUCAGUGCGCAAACAACAAAACUUUUCCGACAGCAAUUCCAAGUACGAGCUCGUGUUCCAGGUGAAGAUUCCCGCGCUGGGUUUCUCGACGUACUUCGUGAACCUAACGAAAUCUAUAUCGAAGAAUUUCAAAGCACGUAAAACCCAGGUAGAAGAAGUCUUACCCUUGAACGACGAACCUGUAGUGAUCCAAAACGAAUUUGUCAAGUUGGAAUUCUCCAAAGAGACAGGUUUACUGUCCAGUAUGACGGAUUUGGAAUCCAAACUAACGUCCACUGUAAACCAGCAGUUCUUGUGGUACAAUGCAAGCAUAGGGAACAAAAUCARYGRCCAACCUUCUGGGGCYUACAUAUUCAGACCUAAUUCCUCUAAUACAUUUAAUGUAUCAAGUAAAGCCCAGAUUAGUGUAAUGAUAGGUUCGCUUGUACAAGAAGUGAGACAAGUCUUCUCGCCGUUUGUGAGCCAGGUUGUACGUCUGUAUACUGGUCAGCGGUAUGCGGAGUUUGAAUAUACGAUCGGCCCCAUCCCUAUACAAGACAAUCUUGGAAAGGAAAUCAUAUCUCGAUUUGAUACAGAUAUCAAGUCUGACGGAGUGUUCUAUACCGAUGCUAAUGGCAGAGAGAUGCAAGAACGAAAGAGGAACUUUAGACCAACGUGGAAACUGAAUGUCACAGAACCAGUAGCUGGGAAUUACUACCCCGUCAAUAGCAGGAUGUACAUCAAGGAUAGCAGCAAGCAGUUUACUGUGCUUGUUGAUCGUUCACUCGGUGGUGCUAGUAUCAAAGAUGGUUCUGUCGAAAUCAUGCCACAUCGGCGUCUUCUUGUGGAUGACAAACGAGGUGUCGCUGAACCUCUCAAUGAGUCUGGAAUCAGUGGAAAAGGAUUGAUWGUACGUGGAAAGAUGUGCGUAUUUUUGGCCCCGCMWGCYAAAUCAGCUGCAGUACAUCGUGAAGUUGGUGAACAAAUGCUUUUGGAGCCUGUGCUYARUUUUGCMCCCAAUCCAUCCACUGCAGAAAAAUGGAUAAGCCAGUACAAUACACUGCACAGCGGUCUCAAGUCUGAACUUCCCGCCAAUGUACACUUUUUGACGCUAGAGACCAUGGAUCAAUAUGUCCUUAUAAGGGUAGAACAUCAGUUUGAGGCAGGCGAGGAUGCCAAACUCUCGGUCCCAGUCAACAUCUCCUUCGAUGAUCUCUUCACUGAUUUUGACGUCGUAUCGACUGAAGAACUGAACCUCGCCGCUAACCAGGACAUUAAGGACAAGAAGCCUAUGAACUGGAACAUCAAGACAUUAAAGAACAUAAAAAGUGCAAGAAAACUUCACGACAAAAUUCGUUUAGUGAAGUCUUCUAUCGAGCUACGACCAAUGCAAAUCCGUACGUUCAAGGCAAAGAUAAAGCCACGAAUGCACAAACAAUAUCGCCAAUAGUUUUCAGACGACAGUACGUCCUUUCAUAAGCGUAGGAGCAGAGUCUAGAAGCAAAAUAACUGGGAACGAAAACCGGUGUUAGUUUUGGUAUUAGAAUUAGAUCAUUUCUACUUGCUAUCGAUUUUAUUCGUUUGUUUGUUAAACAGGGCGUACCGAAAACGACGAACCAAAGAAAAAAGGGGGGGAAGUAGGAAGUAACUCAAAGAAUUUAGUAAAUAUAAAUAGGUGUUUAAUAUGUGAGAGGAUAGAGAUAGUUUAAAAGAAAUUAU